AUGGAUCGCUUCCAGCAGAUUGAUGCCACCAACUCGUCCAUCGGAGCGCUCCUCUUGCCCGACGAGGAGGUCCUCUCGCUCCAGGCUGGCAUCGGCCUCUACGAUGGCAGGGAAAAGAGCCUCGACCAGGCCAGCGGCACCGUGUACCUCACCUCCCACCGCCUCCUCUACGUCGACGACCUCAACCCGCACCGCCACUCAUGCGCCCUCGACCUCUCCCUGGUCAAGCAGACCGAGUACUACGCCGGCUUCCUCAAGAGCAGCCCAAAGAUCACCCUCGCCUUCGACCCAAAGGUAGAGGCGCCCGAGCAGACCCACCAUCUGGUCGGAUCGGACCGCUUCACCCACUCGCCACGCCUGUCCCCGCGACCCUCGAGUCGGUCCCUGCGCCCGGAAGCGACCGUCGCUGCCGCCUCUUCGUCGACGUCGAGGGACUGGCGAACCUCUGCCGCCGCAGCAGACUUCGGCGCCUCGGCAGCCAGCACCUCGUCGCAGUGGAUCUGCAACAUCUGCGGCUUCAGCAACACAUCCGGCGCCUCGGUCGAUGCCGCAAAGGACACUUGCCAGCUCUGUGGCGUCACACGCGACCCCACGUCCAAGACCGCCACGACUUUGGCCUCCCGCAUCGCCGAUACCAACAGUGGCGGCCGAAAGUCCACCAGCGAUCGCUCUGCGCAGAUAGAAGAGACCGGCGUGUCGGCUCUUGCAAUAUCGGACGAUUCCGGCGGGUCGACGGCCGCCUCUGGCGAUGGCCACGCCUGCCCCACCUGCACCUUCCUCAACCAUCCCUCGAUGGUGCGCUGCGAGAUGUGCGGCUCGCUGAUCGGCACCGAAGAUGUUUCGGAUGCGGCGUCGACGUCGGCGGCGACGACCAAGCGCGGCUCCCUGUCGGCGCCCGCGACACCGGCGCGGAAGAGCAGCGAUACGGACGCGACGUCGAUCUCGAGCCGGAUGCCGUCUCGCUCACAGACGCCCAAGCCCAAGACUGAAGCCUCAAAUGACUCGGUCAAGCUGAGCUUCCGAAAGGGCGGCGACAAGGCAUUCUACACCGCGCUCAAGGGCACGCUCAAGUCCAAGGCGUGGCUGCUGGCGGCCAGACGCGACGCCCCCAUCGGCUCUGGCGUGCUGUCGGGCGCAUCGACGCCCUCGCGCUCAGCCGCGGCCGCCGUCGACCUCGACGGCCGCGGGACCGGCGCGUCGAAGCGCAAGGCGGGCAUCGAUGGCAUCCUCAAGGUCGUCGACUCGAGCUCGAGGGUGCAGAGCGACGACAUGCAGGGCGCGCUCAAGGACCUCGAGGCCCUCAUGGCCAAGGCCAAGCAGAUGGUCGAGUUCGCAGAGGCGCUCAACAGCAAGCUCACGCGGCAGGAGCAGGCGGCGGCGGCAGCCGCGGCCAGGAGCGCGGUGACCGAGGACAUGGCGAGGGACCAGGCCGAGUACCACAUGGAGCUGGCGCGCGAGCUGGGCGGCCUGCUGCUCGGAUCCCAGGGCGCUCCCGGCCUGAUGGGCCGCGGCAGCGUGCUGGCCCAGGGCAAGGCGAGGGAGUCGCUGGCGAGGAUGCCCGAGACGGAGCGCGGACUGCUCGGACUCGACGAGAUCUGGUGUGUGUGGAACCGAGCGCGCGGCAUAGCGCUGGUGCCGCCGCAAGCGCUGCGAUCGGCCUCGCUCUACCUGCCCGACCUCACCUCGCCUUCGAUCCAGCUCAAGACGUUUGAUUCUGGCCUUGCCGUGCUCCAUACGCCGCGGUACAGCGAGAAUGCGUUUGCCGCGCGGCUGGUGGGCUACCUGGACGCGGUCGAGGACGAGCACCGUCGCCGGUCCCCCGCGACACCAGGAACGGCACAGGAGUGGGGGCCAGGCCUGUCGACGCUUGAGAUUGCAGAGCGGGAGAAUGCGCCGGUGCUGCUGGUCACGGAACUCGUCGAGAUGGUCGAGAUCAAGAGCGGGCUGGUGGUGCGCGACCAGGCGAGGAGCGGCGUGCGCUGGUACUUUAACCACUUUGCCCGGGCGCGGUAG